AUGGCUUCUGAGCUUUCUCAUGCAUCAAUAGCUUUCCGUAGCUCUCUCAAGGAUUUCUUCAGGGUUUGUGAUUUUUCUCCAUUUUUUCUCUUGUAUAAUAUACUUGACACAGGGCUUGAUUCCACUAUAUUUUGUGUUCCAUUCCAUGAAUUUAGCCAAAAUAUUGGGGAUGCAAAAGAAAAUUUCUUGAUGUGUUUAGUUGAUUUAUUUAGCCAGGUUAAUAGUGUGAGGCUACCUGGUUAUGUUGCACACAAAAAAUGGUUUUGUGGCACUGAAUUAGUUGAGUUCUCAAUAGUUGGAGAUGUUGAUAAUAUUUUGAAGCAAAAUUUGAUUUAUGUUAACAAGUCUACUAAAAGAUUUAGAAAGAAAGGUUGUAUGUUUUAUGAGAAAUUAUGCACUAUCUUUGGUGAUACUAUUGCAACUGGUUCCAAUGUUGAUCCUUCAACUCGAAGUCCUAAUGAUGAUGAUGAUGAUGAUGCAACGUCGAUAAGUCUUUAUACUAGGAAUGAAGAAAAUGGUUUUGAUGAGGAUGGUGGCAAAAGAAGAGGUAAAUCAACUGCCAUUUCGAAUUCUCAAUCAGUAAAAAUAGCAAAAUUAUCACUAGCUUUGGCAGAUGCAUUGGCGACAUAUAAUGAAACUGCAAAGAGAAAGACAGAAUUAAUAGAGAGAUCAGGGGCAACAUCUACAUCGCAUUACUUAUUGGAUGAGAGUGUUGAAGCUCUUAAUCAAAUUGAUGGAAAUAGUGCAGAAGUAUAUGCAAAAACUAUUGAGAAGUUUGAGAACGAGGUGUCCAUAACAAUGUUUCUAAAGAUGUCAGAACAUACAAGAAUAGAUUGGUUGCUGAAUUUGAAGUGA